UCCAUCACUGAGACAUGUGUUGUGUUUAGUGUUAAAUGAUAACGUUAAAGACUAUAGCGAAUAGUUUUAUAAACAUAUACAUUGCACCAAGCUUAUUUUGUUAGUCUGAUGUUUUAGUUUAGUUACAAGUAUUUCUUGGAAAAUAAAAUGUUAGAGAUUAAACCUAUCUAUGAUGGGAAGUACCUGGAUAGAUCUCCAAACAUACAGUCGUCAGGAAAGCUAAUACCAGUAGGUGAAAGAGUUGAAACAUGUCUGAAGGAAAUCUCUCCAAGGCCUGUUACUCCACCAGUGGUGAGAAAGUUUCUGAAUACAACCCGUCCGGAUGCAGGAGCUAUGAGGGUGUUUUAUGGAAAAGCUAAUGAUCCAGAUGCAGCACAGUAUCUGGUGCAUGGAGUGAGCACUAGGCCCUCUCUCAGUGCAGGAUCACUGAUUAAUCCACCUCUCAGAACGCUCUUUCAGCAAAGAUUGCUGGAACGACGGGAAGGUAUUUAUGCAGACCGCCAACAAGCUCCACUUGGAAGGUCAUAUAAUCAAGCGCCUGGGCUACCAAGUGGAUUAGACUUAUACAAGACCACGUUUGGUAAAAAGACACACAGAGUGUUUGCUGGACAUAUCAUAAACCCACCCAAGAGCAGAGAACAAGUGGAAAAAGAGGCUCAAGAUGGACGUCAGCUGUAUGUCAGAACGCACAAUCACUUUGAUGUUGGUGAACAAAUUAAUAGGAAAUAUAACUGGUCAAAAUACACCAAAGACAGCAAAUUUGGAAUAGCAACUCCUAAUUAUAACGAUGGAAGAAAUGUUGCGAGGUCACUUCGCUGGUUAGAUCAGCUGCAAUUGCAGAAAGCUGCAACAUUAGUGUCUAAGCGUUAUGAAGACUUCAGGGCGAGGACUCAACCUCAGGUUGGGAAGGUUUGUGAUCCGAUUGCUGACACAAUGAACGUGCCUCCAAACCACACAUUUGGUAUAAUGCUCAGUCCUGAUGAAUUUGGGGCUGCAGACCUUAUGCAUUACACUGCUCCAGUCGAUUUCCUCCGUGGUAAAGACAGGGAACGUGCAGUUCUGAGUGCCGUCAGGGAACACUUGAAAAAAGCAAACUUUCACAACUUCAGCUCACUACUUGAAACUUUUAGACACUACGAUAAGAAAAGCAAUGGCUCUAUAGGUACAAGGGAGCUCCUAAGUGUCUGCAGGCAGUUUAACUUGGACCUGAAUCCCCAGCUCCUGGAUGCUUUGCUUGAGUACUGUGAUGUGGACGGCAAUGGGCAAAUCGACUUUAUGGAAUUUGCUAACUUCCUAAAUUGGAAAGAUAAAAUGCCAAUUAAAGAGCUGGAAGAAGACGUCCUUACAAAGGGAAACAAGCGAGGACCUUCGGCGGGAGAAGGCGGGAGUGGUGAAAGCCUGGUAAAGAAAGAAGAUCUUUUGCCAAAGGAGGUUGGCAGCUCAGAAAAGACACCCAGAACUCUAACAAGACCACAAACUGUUCCAGACCGCUUUUACACCUCCUCUUCUGUGAUCAGUGCUGUUGUAGGAGGUCCUUCAGCAGCCAAUUAUCGGACCUAUGGAGUUCCUACUGUUCGUACUGACCUGGCAGCUCCGUGCAUUAAGCGUAUCAGUGACAUGAAAAACUAUGGGGAUGAGUCCAGCUCCGGUGGGUUGAUCAAUCCGUCUCUCUACAGCUUGAAAGGAGUUCAUGAAAAGCACUUUUUCAUGUCAAGACCAAAGGAAGAGAUUGCUAGCAUAUUUCGGAAUAUUGGAGUGGAAAUAUCUGAAGAGACCUUUAAUGAUGUGUGGAAAUUAGCAUCUAUGAGACAUCCAAGAGGACAAGUUUGUGUGGAAACCUUCAGAAAUGUUCUUGACGAAAUCCAAGCCAAGAAGAUGGGUUAUUAUUAAACAGUUGUUUCACUGGCAGCCUUGCUACUCAUUUCUCUUUGAACAGAAAGAACAAAAGUUAAUAUUUUUGUAAUUUUUUUAAAAUUAGGAUCAAAAGUGUAAGAAUGGUUUACUGUCCGAAUCAUGUCUGCUGCCCCUUUAAGGCUCAGUCACUCACCUCAUCACGUGAUGGGUUCUGACUCCUGACAUCAUCUGCUUUCCACACAGCAUUUACCUUCAUUCAGCUUAAAUAUGUAUACUUAUUAAA